AUGCAAGCUAUUUCAGCUUUUAUAAACUCCCCCGUUGGCCCUAAGACAACUCACUUUUGGGGACCUGUCACUAACUGCGGUUUCGUUGCUCAAGGAGCUUUAGAUUGGGAAAGACCCCCUGAGAAAACAUCAAGAGAUAUGCAAUUUGUCUUGACUGUUUAUUCAAUGACAUUUAUGCGUUUUGCAUGGAGAGUUUAGCCAAGAAAUUAUUUUCUUUUAGCUGUUCAUUUUAGCAAUGUGUUUGUUUAAGGUAGAUUGCUGAUGCGUAGAGUCAACUACGAAAGAUCUCUUAAAUAGUGA